GCAGUUAGUUGAAGGCUGGGUUGUGAUGCACUGGGAGUGUGUUAUUGUAUCUCUGUGUGUCUCUGGCAGAUGGAGCCCUCCUCACAGAGCCGAGUCACCGGGGGACUGUGGAACAACCCCAGACCCCCACAGUACAGCAAAGAGACCCAGGAUAUGAUGAAAAUAAUGAUGCAGGAAUCAAAGCUCACCAACCUCCAUAGAAAACAGAUCAACGAAUGCCUGAAGAAUGGAACAGCUUUGCCACCACCCUCUGACCCCACACAGUCAGCUUCUCCACCUCAGCCUAAAACCAGGAAAUCUCUCCAGAAGUGCCUGCCAAACAAGCCUCUGAGGCGCAGUGCUGACUCAUGUCGAUCUGGGAACAACUACGUCAGAGAAAAGUUCCGCCCCGGUCCCAUACGAGACUUAGAAAAAGAGAAAAGAAGGCUGCAAAAUAUCCUGGCAACGGGACAAGAAGAGCCCACAGCUGCAUCCUGCCAAAAUGAUACAGCUGAAGUGAUAGUGGAGAGAGACAAGUAUCAGGAAGUACUGGAUGAGAUAGCUGAAAGAAGACAGUUUCUGGAAGACAUGGCCUCUCUGGGACAGGAAAAGCAGUACAUCCAGAUCAUCAACACUGAGAUAUCACAGAAAAUCAGAGAGCUGGAGGUGCUGGAUAAGACCCGCAGUCGCCAGAAAGAAGCGGUGACAUCUGAGAGGAGAGCAGAAAGAACAGAGCAGAUAACAGAAAAAAAGAAACAGAAAGAGACUGACUGCUGCUGACUGGACAUGUUUCUGUCACCUCCUUUGAACUCUUCACUUGUAGGUGCAGGAAAGGCACCUUUACACCUACCAGCGUCUAGCUAAAACACACUGAAACUCUGCACUGGAUGAGUCGGGUGU